AUGGCAGGACCUCUCAAAGUAGCCGUGCUGGAUGACUACUUCGGCUUCGCCGGACCCAUCUUCCAGAAACUCGACUCCAGCAAAUUCGAAGUAACCAUCUUCAAGGACACGCUGCUCCCUUACAACCACCCCAAGACAUCUCAGGAUGAGAAAGACAAGCUGGCCAAGCGGCUGGAGCCGUUUCAAAUCAUCUGCACGAUGAGAGAGCGCACCCCGUUCCCGAGAGACCUCAUCUCGCGCCUGCCGGGCCUCAAGCUCCUCCUUACGACCGGAACGCGCAACAAGGGCUUGGAUCUGGACGCAUUCAAGGACCACGGCAUCCCUGUUGCGGGCGCGGUGAGCGCUGGCGACAGCACAACGCAGCACUGUGUGGCGCUGAUCCUCGCGCUGGCCCGCAACAUCGUGCCGGACGAUCGAUCCGUCAAGACGGGCGGAUGGCAGACCGGAGUGGCAGUGAGGCUGUCAGGCGCAGUUCUCGGCGUUGUCGGGCUGGGGCGGCUCGGUGCUGCUGUGGCAAAGAUCAUGCACACUGCGUUCGGCAUGAAGGUGAUCGCGUGGAGCACCAACCUGACGCAGGACAAGGCGGACGAGCAGGCCAGAGAGGCGGGCUUGCCUGUCGAGGAUGCGGAUGGGGAGAAGACUUUCAGGGCAGUGAGCAAGGAGGAGCUGUGCCGGCAGUCAGACGUCGUCAGCGUGCACGUGGUGCUGUCGGACCGGUCGAGGGGAAUGAUCACCAAGAAGGAGCUGGAGCUGAUGAAGCCCGAGGCGCUGUUCAUCAACACAUCGAGAGGCCCUCUCGUGGUGGAAAAGGACCUGCAGGACGUCCUGGAGCAGGGCAAGAUCCGCGCAGCAGCGAUUGACGUGUUCGAGCUCGAGCCGUUGCCGCUGGACAGUGCCUGGAGGACGACCAAGUGGGGACAAGAUGGGAGGGGCGAGGUGAUCUUGACGCCUCACACGGGUUACGCGGAGAAGGAGACGCUGGCCAAAUGGUAUGAGGAGCAGGUCGCAAAUAUCCUCAGGUGGGAGAAGGGAGAGCAGCUGGCCCAUGUUAUGGCCUGA